AUGGAUCCGUUAUCUGCAAUCAGCGAAGAGCUGGCGGAGAUCGACGGCCAAAUCACUGACAUUUUCCGUGCAUUAUCAAAUGGGUUUCAGAAGCUGGAGAAGAUUAAGGACUCGAAUAGGCAAAGUAGGCAGCUUGAAGAGCUCACUGACAAGAUGCGAGACUGUAAGAGGCUUAUCAAGGAAUUUGACAGAGAAGUCAAGAAUAUUGAGAGAGUAAAUGACCCAGACACCAGUAGAAUGCUGAAUGAGAAAAAGCAGACAAUGAUCAAAGAGUUGAAUUCAUAUGUGGCUCUGAAAAAGCAAUAUGCGUCGAACCUUGAAAACAAGAAAAUUGAUCUCUUUGAUGGGCCGGCCGAGGAAUAUGGGGAACAGAAUGUCUUGCUAGCCUCGUCUAUGACAAAUCAACAACUAAUUGAUAAUGGAAACCAAAUGAUGGAUGAGACAGAUCAAGCGAUUGAGAGAUCAAAAAAGGUCGUUCAUGAGACCAUCAAUGUUGGAACAGAGACAGCAGCAGCACUCAAAGCUCAAACUGAACAAAUGAGUAGGAUUGUCAAUGAGCUGGACUCAAUCCAUUUCUCAAUCAAGAAAGCUACUAAGCUGGUCAAGGAAAUUGGUAGGCAGGUUGCAACUGAUAGGUGUAUUAUGGGAUUACUUGUCCUGGUUGUCAUUGGAGUCAUAGCCAUCAUUAUUGUGAAGCUCGUCCAUCCAAACAACAAGGACAUUCGAGAUAUUCCUGGAUUAGCCCCGCCCGCAAUGACCCGAAAAUUACUGUGGAAUCCUAAUUAA